AGCCACUCGAUUAAGAUCGUUCGAACAACUUCGAAAUGACGAGUACACAGCGAAGUCCUAGUCACUGCCAUUACUUCUUAAUCGGUUUCGUGCUUUUGGCAGUCGACGCUCAAGUUGUCAAAAGCGCUGAUGAUGUUCCUGAUUCAACGACAAUGGAUCUGAUAGAACGCAUAAACAGAGACACUGGUAAGUCUGUGAUUUGCAAUAUUUCGUCGCCGUCAAACGGACUCGCCGACUAGUAACAAGCUUUCGAAUAUUUUACCCAAAAUCACGGUACACUUUUAGACGCAUUACCGUACUCGGUAUAUUUUAUCCUUUUUUCUUGGAUUGUUGUUAUAACGGCCCAUCGACAGCUUACGUGUAAACUAUUGUUGUCAGCACAUUUGAUGAGACUGUUUUGUUUAAGGUCAUCGAGAAAAUUUAGUUUUAAAUCCAAACAACGACAUAGACAUUUUGAUGCCUGGGUAUAGCUAUCUCCUUUCAAAGCGUAUUUGAUAAUCCAGUACACAACCAGCGCACGAACACAAAGAAUAUGAAAAUUUUUUUAUAGGGGAGGGGCUCAAGGUGCAAAAACUCAAUCAAUCAUUUAUUUGCCAUAUUUUGUAUUAUCUUUGACUAAAUUGUCCAACAAUGCUGUGGUAAAAUCAAAUAAGGAGCAAGCCUGUCGUACCCUGGGAUAAGCACAGUAUCUGAUACACCAAGAGGAGCCGAGAAUUCCAAAAAGAAUCCUAUUCGAUUAUUUUUUAUUUGACUGAUAGUCACGCAAUCAUAAAUGUGCUGAGUCACAAUUUAGGGUUAAGGUAGAGAAACCCGACAACAAAAAGAUUCAAAGAUUGUUUCUAGAAUAUUAAUUUUGACAAAUUCAGGAAAAUGUUACGUCAAAACUGUGACGCGAAGUGUAGUCCAAAUUUGCCUGAGAGAGCGUGUUCUAUAAUUAAAUUCCGAUUUUCGUGAAUGCUUCGCCGAGGUACCGCUUUCUAAACGGACUUCCGUUUUAAGUCUUGAAACUCUCUGGAUACGCAAACAUGAGAGCUAUUCACUAAAAACUGUUUAUGAUAUCAACUGAAAAUAAUUCUUCCAUAAAUGUUGUUAAUCUGGAUUUCUGUUCUGUUUUUACUCAAUUUCGAUUAUACUUUCAGUGUGAGCUUUGUGAGUAUAAAAAUUUGUCCUAAUUUGUCGCUGCUUUGAACAUUGUCGUGUUUUUGCGAAAUUUUAUUAUUUUCUUACAUAGCAAGAGCAAGUCAGCUCUGCCAUAAUUUUCAAUCGUGACAAAUAGUUGCUAGUAAAACUACUACUCUAUCCGAAAGAGAUCCUUCCUGAAGGUACUAACCAGAUAAAAAAUCCAUGAAAAACUAUCAUCGCCUCUCGAUAUUUUUUUGAUAAUGCUGCAUUUGCCUUUCUUUCACUAACAUAGUUUAUUUUAGGGAAAUGAGGGCUUGGUCAAAAAGUGCAUGCAUGUUUAAGUUCACACCUUCUCUUGAAACCUGGUUCACCCUUGAUUCCCUACAAGGUCACUGACCCUCUUUAAUACUUCGUUCACCCUGUCACUGUCAACAAUCAGCAAACCAUUCAACGAUAAAGUAGCAACAGCUUAAACUUCAUCAGCACGCAUUCUUCAUAAGUGGAAAGGUAGUAUUCUAUCUUAAGUUUACUACCAUUUUUGGCAUCAUGACGUUCGUCCUUUUGCUGUCUGUCAAAGUUCUUUAAGUAAGCGUGCUUCAGCAAAAGCUGAAACGCGAAAUUCUCGCAUGGUUCCUGCGCUCAACAUCUCCGGAACUUUUAUUUUCCAAUUUUUUCAUCAGUUGAAGGCUCGUUGAAGCCUACUUCACCAUGGUCUUGAAAAGCUGGUGAUCCCAGCGAUUAUGAUUAGACAAGCUGCACUGUUAACUCUCUGGUAAAAUUUCUUCCGCAUCAAUAAGAAACAAAACUAGAUGACGUCCAGAGCAGGCCUGUCUUGGUUUUCUUUUUUCACCUCGAAAGGAGCGCCGGGUGAAAUAAAACGCAAAAAGUGACGUUCGGGUUGUAGGCUGAGUAACCUCGGUGACGGCAUCCGCUGAUUCAUAUGUCAUGCUUAACACUAGUGUGGAAUUGGGUGUGCAUACGAUUAAAAAUAGCAUAGAAAGUUGACCAAAAAGUCUGGUAAAUGCCUAUGCUUUUAAGCUAGGAAAGUUCAACAGCGUACGGUGGCCAACGCAAAGGAAUAAUUUUCUUUUGGACAGAAAGUUUCAAAAUCACAAAAGUGAUUAUUCGCAUACAUAAACCGAGUUUAAAGAACGUGGGAUCUUCAGCAGUGGGAAAAACGUUUAUGCAAAAAAGACGACAGUGGAAUAUUGAAAUUGCGCCACACCUUUGGCCCUCAGAAAUUAAAUGGUGAGAACAUGGCGUGUUCUUUAUCAUUUUUAUUUGUUUUUGUAUCCCAAUCUUCUUGCAUAGAUCCAUCCGCUGAACAGGUUGCCAUUAUGGAAAAUGAUAUUCGUAUGCCACCGUCAGAGUCAGAUGCAUCCAGCAAUGAAUUUUCCAACGCCAUCCGCCAAAAAUUCUUGCUUUGGCCCGGAGGAGUUGUACCAUAUGUGUUGGCCGACAGCAUUAGUAAGUAAAGAUCCAUCGUAUCUAACCAGCUUGUCGAGAGUUCUACUGCAUCGUAAGUAACACGCACGGCCUAGGGAGAACAUCGGGGUCUAAAUCACUCAUGCACAGGUUAUUUCGUAAAUUGCAACCUCACGUGCGUGGAAUAUUUAUCUCAUUUCAUGAAACAUACCUAAGAGGGUUCACCAUCCCGAUCGACGCAGUCUUAGAAAGAGAUGACAUCUUACCUCCGUAUCGGGGAGGUAUGAGGUAAAUUUGAUGUAUGAAAACUUCCUCGCCUUGAGACACUUUCUUUUCGGGUUGCACGCACAUAUCCCUAAUACCAAUUUAUCACGCUUAAAUACAUUUGAUAAGACAAUAUUUGGCUACCACAAAGUAGAGGUUCUGUCAGAGGCUCGACAUCUUUUAACAAUUCAGGGAGUGAACUAGAAGGCUUUGAGAUCACUUUAAGCUGUUAUUAAAACUUUAAGAAAUUCCCCAAUAAAAUCUUGUACAUAAAAAGACAAACAAGCAGACUCAACCGAACACUUCACCUACAAAGGGUGUUUACACUUCUCUUUAACUCUUUCUUUAUUCUUGUCUAUCUAGCAUUUCAACAGUUUCCCACGCUAUUUGGACUGAUAUGAAUGACAGAAUUUCUGAUUCUUGUUUUUACAGAAAACCGCAGCAAACACAUUGAGGUAUUAUUUGAAGCGAUGAAAAUAUGGGAACGCGCUACAUGCAUAAAAUUCGUGAAAAGGACAACAGAGAGUCGCUAUGCGAUUAUCUUUUACGGUUCCAGUGGGUAUGUAACAGGAAAAUAUCUCAUUACUUGACUUCAUUCUUUCACUAUUCCUGCAUUUGUUUGCGUCCUCUUUCAUCUCUGAUUCCGCUAACGGUAUCGGUAUAUCAUCUUUAAUUUAUUUAACCCGUCAUUAUUUAUCAUGUGGGGGUUUGAGGUGGUAGAGGAUUACGUCACCUUUAGUUCAGUUACACGUUAGGAUCUAGGUACGAGAUCGAUUAGUAGGGGCAUCAUUUGUCGCCAACAUACAGAGAGGGAAUAUAGAAAAUUGACUGCCAAUUAAUUGUUAAUGAUGGGAGGGGGGGAGAGGGGGGAAAGGGUCGUAAGAAUAUCACGGAACCUUACGGUGGCCGGUGGGUUCAGGUAAAUUUUAUCGUGACACAAACAAAAUCCUCUAAACCCCCCCCCCCUCCUCCCUCCUACCCCAGGCGGUUAAUAAUUCCCUAACUGGCUGUUCUCUCCAACUGAUUAUUCACUCGUUUUUUCGUGCGUGCUUUCGUUAGAUCGACCGUUACCUCAUUUUCAUUGCUCGACGCGCCAGUGAUUGAGCCAAAGUUACACAAGAAGUGUACUUGGUGCUCAAUAUAGACAAGUUCACUAGCUAUUAGUGAUUGUGGAUUGAAUGUUGCCCAGAGCAAUGUUUCGCCUCAGAAAAUAUACUGUAGAUAACAAGUGAAUGCGUUCUUCAUUUCGCUUAUUAGUGCAUCAGUCUUCGUCUUUCAUAUUUGAUUGCGUUAUAUCACAGGUAUUUGUGUUUUUUUCUUUGACAAAUCUUCCCCAAUCUCUUGUUGCAGAUGCAAUUCCAAUAUCGGAGCGAUGUUCUUUAGACCUUCGAUGCUUUCCCUCGGAGCAAAUUGUCAGAUAGUUUCCAUAGCAACGCACGAGCUGGGUCAUCUCCUGGGAUUUGGACAUGAACAGAACAGACCAGACAGAGACCACUAUGUGGAUAUUCUGUGGCAAAACAUUGCUCCAGGUAACGGUUUAUCCAUAUUACACUAUAUUACCUUUUACUCAAUCUUUUUGAAUUAGCCCUUAAAAUGUCUUUUACUGGUCAGCUGCACAAAUAAUGGUAAUAAUGUGAAUGAAGUCGCCCGUAUUUGUGUCCAUCCUAAUAUUCAGAAUAUCAGAACUCCUACGAUACAAAGUAUGAGUAGAGGAGGAUUUUACCAUAUAGCCUUAUAGUCAUGUAAAAAACGCCGCGUAAUACUGGCCACGAACUAUUUAUUUAAAAAAAAAUUGGAAUGAUAACAAUUACUCGUGAACCCUUAAUUCUGCUCAGCUGCGAUUUCGAAUUACUCAACUUUAAUUUGAAAAGUUGUUGUUAUAUUACAUAAUUCUCGCCCCUUCAAGUGAAUCUUGUGAUGAAAGAAGAUUAUUGAUACAUAAGUUCCACACCAAUUAAGUCGCUGAAAAGAUACAAUACAUUACUGAACUACCUUAAAUGGAAUGUUAAAUUCAAAAUAGUUUAAACAAACAAAAGUACAAAAGUUCAAUGACAGCUCUUUUUGUAAGUAUAGUUUUCAUAAAUUGAUGUUUAUCCACUUCCCUAAUGUUUUCCCUAAAUGAAUUUGUUAGUUCUUACAAAAUAUACUCAAGAUGUAGUUUUACUUUCAAAACCACACCAACUACCAUACUGCAUUACCCACAUAACUACAUUGCUUAUAAUACCACAUUACAAGAAAUUUUGGAACAUUAAAUAAAGUUCCAAAAAACAGAAGCAGUUGUAUAAUGUAGGAUAGACCGUUAUUUGACAACCGUAAAGUGUUUCCCGCAGAGAAAUUGUCCGACUAAUUCUCCUCUUUGUCUUUCGCAGCUGAUUAUAGGAUUUUUAGGAGGCAAAGCUACUAUUCGUUCAGCAGUUAUGGCGUCCCAUACGAUUAUCAUUCCAUCAUGCAUUACGGGAGGUAUCAUUUUUCCAAGAAUGGUCAACCAACUAUAAGGGCACGUGAUCCCACAGUGAAGUGGUUUGGUAGCCGUUCUCUCAGCAAACUAGACAUACAGCAGGUUUGAGAGUUUUGAUACGGUGAAGCUUUGUACAAGUUUCGUUUUGAAUUCAUGGACUAACAGAUUUUUAGUGAGCCUUGAGUAUAACUACUAACUGUCAUUCAUCCUUCUGCGGAUCAAAAACUUCCAUGUCACGCAGCUCACUGCUGCCAACCAAAUUUCGUACGCUUAACCAAAGAACUUGCACUAUUAUAGCCUUGAAUGACGCAUUUUUAAAGAGCCAAAAGCGAAAAAAACUGGAACCAAUUCGAGAAAAGAUAAGUCAUUGUAAAUGAGCCCAACUUCUCCAAAUCUCCGAUCUGAGAUUUCGAAAUCUUCAUUGUACCCUCUACAAAAAAUCUCAUGUCUUUGAGUCACAAAGGGUUGGUAGGUAUACAACACACGAGCGCUGGGGUUCAACUGGGAUUCUGCAUGCCUCAAUUCCACGAAAUAAACACCAAACAACCAGCUCUACCGACCUUUGACAGAAAGUAAGGACAAUUUUCCACAUAUCUCAUCAUGUCACUUUUUAUUGUAAUCAUAAUCUUAGUUAAGUAUUUUUCUGCCUACCACAUGACAUCCCUGGCAACUUCACGCAUUUUGUCACAUUUGUGAUUUCUUGUUUCUUUUGUGUUUUGUAUCUUUUUUAGAUGAACCUCAUGUACUCAUGCCCAGGUAUGAAAAUAUAUGAUCUCAGUUCUCAGUUAUUUGGCGAUGAAGUCGGCCCCACUUGAAAAUGUAGUGCAGGGUUAGACUUUUACCACCGUUAAUUCCCCCCAAAAAAAACAUUUUUCAAUUUUAAGAUCUUUUACUGAUGACAGGGAAUGCUGAAGUAUUUCAAAUUUGCAGUGACGCUGUCGAAAACGUGAAAGAGUUGUAUCACACUUCCUAAUGAGGUUAAAGUUUAUUCACUUGAUUUACUGAUUCUAUUACAACGCUUUGGUUAACUCCCACUCACGGCUGCUGCGUAUUCAAAAUAACUCACACAGGACGUCCCGUUGCAAGCACUUAGCACAAGGCCACACAUGGGCGAAAAAAACACGUGCCGGUUUGUCCGGUUAUAUAAUAGACAAACGAAAUCACUUAUAAAUUUCGAUCAAAUAAAGACUAACGAACGUAUUAUACAGUUUCCCACAAUAGAAAAAGGUGUUUAUUUCAGCCUUUAUUUGUAGGCUUGAUGUUGUUACUUUUUUGUGAUAUCCUUCCAGCAUGCGUUCAUCAAAUUUUAAGUCAGGUCACUUUCUCGUUAAUGGAGAAUAAGUGUACUUUUGUAACAUACAUAAAAUUCUUCUUAGUUACGUAUCGUCUUGUCAGUAAAGGAGCAACGCUACGUUGUCCUGAUCGUGAAACUCACCUUCUGUCUUUCAUUAGUAUCGGUUCAUCGUCCUUGCGAAUGGUAUCAUCGGUAAAUUGUGUUGUCAACAUUGAAGGAUUUCCCUUAUUUAAACGAAAUCUGUCAACUAAUUCAGCUUUGGCUUACUUCAGAUAUUCCAGUAUUUCCUGAGCAAUUUUCCAUCAGAGAUACUUCAAGCGCGCACUUAAAUUGCAUUGCUCUGGACCAGCCAGGUGACAGGGAGUGGAGAACAAAGUAUCUUUGCUAUAAGCCCGCCUUGAAGAGGCUUACAAUCACGUGGUCACGCAAUGGUGAGAUCACUAACCAGGAUUGUGUGAAUACCCGGAUGCCUCAUGUGCGUUCUUCAAGGUUGUGGGAAAAAAGUUACCUUUGCUUACCUCGUAACAGUUUGCUGAAACUGAGUUGGUCAACGGAUGGACCUUUGAAAGGAAAAGGAUGUCUGGAAGUGAGGAGAAAAGGAAUAAAUGGAGAAGGGUAUUUCCUGUGUGGAACUUCCAAGUAUAAAAAGAUAGGUGUGUACUCUUAAGUUUGCAUGAAAAUUUGUCAGAAAACAUGUAAAACAGCUGUGGCUUGUGUGUGAAAAGAAAAAAUUUCACACGCUCCCAUAGGAUUCCAGCCGUAGAUAAUGUGGAUAUCGUUACCGACCUAAAUACAGGGAAUCUUCUAUAGGAGACAUGCGUUAGGUUCAUUUUUGUCAAUCGUCCUACAUACUGACCUAUAUGAAAGAUACACGUCAACGAUUAGUAGUAUAUCUUAGUGCAAAUCUCCUCUUUUGAUGGGAGUCAAUAUUUUAAAAAGCAGUUUUGACUGAUUUUUUAUCCUUAUUUAAAUAGUUUGGGUUAGAGGAUCCGAUUGAAUAGGAACACGAGUACUCGGGGGUAACCCGCGAAGAACUUAUAUCUCAUCCAGGAGGAGGGAGUAGCAGUACUCCCGGUUGCCAAUCUCGUACCCAGAUCCUACCGUGUACCUUAUAACCACUUGGCGGUUGAUUUAUGCUACAGAAACUUGAAGAGGCUCCUGCUGGAUCAGCGACUUGGUGCGAACUCAGAUUUUCAGUUUUCAUCCUUUUUUUCUGUCAUAACAGAUGGUGACUGGUCAAGAUGGUCGCGUUGGCGUUCAUGUUCUCACAAAUGCGGAGGUGGACAUAGCAUUCGAACACGAUCGUGUGACUCGCCUUCGCCUAAAUAUGGCGGCGCUCAGUGCCAAGGAAGUUACUAUGAAUCUAAGUUAUGUAAAACACAACGCUGUCCUGGUAAGUAUCUGUGGAGGAUUGAGUAACAAUUAGAGAAGAGUAAACGUAAAAACCAGUCUCUCGUUAAAACUGAUUAACUUACGCCGAAUCAAAACCAAAGUGAUCACAAUGGACUAUUUGCACAAUCUUACGAUGCUUCUCUCCAUCCAUGGGUAUGAUGGAAUGCCGGUAAACUGCUGCAAAAAAGUUGAUGAGAACUGGCAUGCAGUUAAGGAAGAAGCAGCGAUACUCCUUAUCACUUUACUUGGCUAAAACCAGAAUAUGUCUCAGUGGGCUGAGCCGUCAGGAUUGUAUGCAAAGUUAACAUCAUCUUUAUUCCCCCCACCCUUCCCCCCUCUUCCCACUCAACCUGCGACUAUUUCCGCACAAGUAGUCGAGAUCUUUUCUUCUUUUGUAGAAUUUCCAUCGUGGCCUGCCGAUUUCAAGUUCCUGUUUAUAAGUUUUUCUCCCAGACGACAUAAGUGUAUCCCGAUAUACGAGAGAUCCCAAUACCGUUCAUGGGCCCGCGCACGACUCUGUUGGCCGAGUAACAAGCGCUUUAUCGACAUCCGGUGGUCUGAUCAAGGAAAAAUAGCGGGCAUGAGCUGCACCAAAAUCACACAAGAAAACGGACGCAUUCAACGAAAUGGCUGGGACGACAACUUCUUGUGUGUACGAAACGUUCCUUACACGUAAGUAGAUAACGUGGUUUCAUCAACUGGGUUGAUAAUGUAAAUUGGCCGCCAUAAAGCCUUCCCGAAGCUGACGAGCGUUAGGUCUUCGUUAGAGGGAAUAGAGGAGUUGUGGAAAACAGGAAGACUGCUAGGCGACCGAUUCCGAGACAUGACGUGAAAAGGAUUGACAAAGACGCAUCCAAACCGAUCGCAAGACACUUUUAUCUCCAAAAUUAUUCUCAUUCCUACAUAUAGGCAGUUCUCUUUCUCAUUGGCACUCUUAUUCCCCACAACUGAUUAAAUCUUUUUUUUUCUCUCUACCAUGUUCCCAUAACAGCGUAGCUCUAUUUUCUGCGUAUAUAACACUCCACUCACAAUUCCUUUAGAAACUUACCCCCAUUUAACUUGUAGGUAUGUCGAGAAGCAUUUUACUUUCCUUUUUAAAAUCUUGUCAUUGAGGGGUUCGCCUACUAAUAAACAUGUUUCAAGUUUAACCCGCAUUACACAUACAGUUGCUAACGCAGAAAGCAGGAACUUUCCAUGGUGGGAACUUGUGGGAACAGAAUGGAAAGCUUCUGGAACAGAACAUAGGAUAUGUCAAUCUUUUCAUUUUAUACCUUGAUACUCUUUCCAACGAGUGUCUGUAAUAUAAUUUUGGUACGGUCCUUUCUCUAGUUUUAGUUGGUCGACAAAUGGACCUAUCAAAGGGUUGCGAUGUCUGCGAUGGCAAAAUAACUACGUCUACCGUCGAAGAGUGUGGCAGAAUAACUACUUGUGUGCAAACGAGUAUCCCAGGCCAACCAGAGGUUAGUAAAAUUUGAUUCUUUCGCUCCCAGGAGAGACUAAUAUGGAAUUUUUUUCUAUCAAGAUUAUAAUAUUUUGUGGCGGGCAGAUGAAGAGAAGGAAGAAAAACAUGAACUGCAGGAUUUUGUGUGGGUUGAUGUAAAAUCCUAAGUGCUACUAUCGUGGGAGAUGUAUAACGGGUAAUACAGAGAAGAAAUAUCGAGACCCUGGGAAUAAUAGUGUCGAUCGAUCUUUUGUUGUUGUUGCUUUUGAUGUCGUAAUUAUUUUGGACUGAAAGAUUUAUGAACUAGUGGACUAACUCACUUAUUUACCAAUCGGAUGAAUGAGCGACUCAAGUGCUAACUGAGUGACUGACUAAAUGACCUAAUGACGGACUGUCUUCAUAAAAUAACCAUUGACUAACCGCAUUUUCUUCAAAAAGUACCCUUUAUUCAUGACUGACUGUCUGUCUUACUAUCUGACUGACUGACUGUCUGACAGACUGACUGACUGUCUGACAGACUGACUGACUGUCUGACAGACUGACUGACUGUCUGACUGAUUGACUGUCUGACUGACUGUCUGACUGAUUGAUUGUCUGACUGAUUGACUGUCUGACUGACUGACUGACUCGCUGAACGAUUGCAAAACUAACUUAUUAAGUGACUGAUUGACUAUCAGACAGACGGACUGAGUGAUCGACUAAGUGGCCGGCCGGCUGACUAGAUGGGUGACUAAUUGUUUGACUAACUGAUUGACUUACGGAAUGUCUGACGGACCGAGCAACCGUGCGGCCGAUUGAAUAAUUGAGGCACCUACUAAUGCACUGACACACGGUUGCCACACUGACUAACAGACCAGAUAGCUAACUCAUCUACUGACGCCCUGAGUGAUAUUCUUGGUGUGCAAGUUUUUAAGUUCUUUCUUUGCUUUUAUAUCUUCCAGCCCCCACUACAGGCUGCUAUUCGUACUGGCAUUCAUUCACUGUCAAAGGGGUACCACAUUGCUACUUUCCAGUCUUGAAUAAGCGCGUUAAGUGGACAGAGGCACAGGAAUUAUGUAGGGAAGUUCAGUCAAACCUUGUUAGCAUGCACAGCAUAGAAGAACAGAGUUUUAUAAGAAGGUUAUCUGGAAGAUCUAGUUUCUGGAUUGGUUUAGAAUUUGAGCGAGAAUGGCAAUGGUCAGACAGGUAAAGCUAUGAAAAACCUUUUUUUCCAUUUCUCAAAUUAAAGAGUCGAAAAAAAAGUCCGAAAGGUAAAGUCACCCAAACCAAUCCUUAGAAUAUUUAGGAAGGCUCAGAGACAUGUUUAAUUCAGCGUUUAAUGCAAUUCAUAAUUGAAAUUGUUUUAGUAUACCUUGAAAUACGAAAUGGUCCCCUCAAUGUGCGCUAUUCGCUUAAAUGCUCAUCCAAUUAACACAGCGGACAAACAUCUGCGCAUGUGGGAACAUUAUAAUAACUAGAUGGCGUGCUUUCAGGCUGUCAGAGCCAAUUUGUCUCACAAAAGUCGCAUACAGCCACACAAGCCCACAAGCCGGAAAGUCACGGUGUUUAAGAAGCGUAUAACAUUUUUUGGUAGAGAUCAAAACAAAAUGGAAAUCGACAGGAUGCUUUACUUACUUAAAAGCUUUGUGUUCGUAAGUCUCAAGUUUUCCUUUUCCAUACUCCUGUUUUCUUUACCGAUUUCUGUAAACUUUUCAAUUUUCUUUCACUUAUUUUGCGAGAUAGCGGUUUUUUCCUAUGUUUUUGAGCGGGAGUUAGCGCGCGAGAGUCCAAAAUUAAUCCCCUCGUGCAUGGCCAACAUUUGACCGCUGUGUUUAUCCAAUCGGAUGUGAUCACCCCCUGUUUCCUGCGCAUCAUGAAAUUUGCUGGUUUGCUCUGAGAUCUCAAUGGCUCCUUGUGUUGCAAUCCUAUUAGUUUCCAUGGCUUUUAUUACGGCCCUAGUAGUCUUAAGCGACCAAGAGUUUUGUAAAUUCCUUCGGUCGGAGGUUUAUAUACGGCGAGUUAUCGAUCUUUAUCGAAAUCGCAAUGGUAAUCCACUUAUCCGCUUACAUGCCAUAAAAGUAUCUAUGGUAACAAGUCACUUAUCUCUCAGGCAGUAAGCCUGUUUUUGUGUGUAUCCAUGGUAACUUAAAGUUUUUCUUCACUAGGAGUCGCUUGUCAUACCUCAAUUGGUCUCCAGGUGAACCAAAUAAUGGCGGCCGAGGGAGACCUGAAAAAUGCGCAAUGUUCAGUGGAAGAGGCAAAAACUGGAAUGACUAUCCCUGUGAUUCGAAAUUCGCUUACAUUUGUAAGAUGAAAGCAGGUUCGUAUUAACUCAGAAAUACCCUAAUUGACCUUUAUCUUAAUUCGAACAUAAUCGAAUCUUAACUAUUACGAUUAUCAGUUGGUUGAGGCACGGUUUAAUUUUGGUAACGGGGUUUUGACCGUAAAAUAGGUUUUUGUUUCAAAAGGUAGCCGAAUCUAAAGUGCCGUCAAACGUGAAAAUUUGCCAACUGAGGUCAAACGUCACAUUUACCACUGGAAACGGAACCAGUUAACCGUGACAACAACAAGAUUUUAGCGUUAAGGCGUGAUUGCCAAACUUUCGUCGCGCCUCACUCAUUCAUUUAGCCAUUCGUUCAUUCAUUCUCUGAUCCAAUCAUCAAGCACUCACUCUCUUAUUUGCUAAAAGAAGCUGUCUAGCACGUACUUUGACAACCUUUUAAUUUCAGCUGAGGCCCCAUCCAGAUCUAAACUAAUCUCCUACUCGGAGCUUACCUUAUAGCUGCAACAGAGAUGUAGGUUACAAUUGCUUGGCCGUGAAAGGUCUGGGUACGAGACUAGACCCACCCAUACUACACUUGAGAAAAUUUGAACAGUGCAUGGUAAAAUUUAUAAACUACUUUACGAUACUAGCGGCAACUCGACCCAAACCUCUGUCGAUUUUUUACUCCUCCGCUCCUAUCGCGUCUCGUUUUACUAACAGAAGGCAUGGAGCAGACUAGUUUUCCUCUGACACGUGACACGGACCCAGUUUAUACUCCCGGGUAGAGAAAGGUAUUGUGGGAGUGAAGUGAAAUGUCUAUAAAAAUUUAAGACCAUCAGCUCGACUCUUAACCCGCAUUACACCGCCUUGUUCAUGCUUUACCCAAAUAACCCUCUAUGACUGCAGUUUGUUGACGGAGAAACGAAGAAGUAGAUACACGAUCUGGAGAAAAUGUAAGCGCUAUCAUUAAGAUUGGCUUGAUUCACUUCUUCGAUUCACUACUCCACUUAGAUAUUUCACGGUGUGAUUAUGACAAUACAAUCAGACUUUUAUGACCUAGCUAUUUCACUUCAAUUUUUCUACUAUUCAAUAACCUAAGUUAUUUUAUUUCCUUCUUUCAGUUCUCAAUUAAGGAAGUAAAGAAGAUGAUUAAUUAUCCAGAGGUUUCAUCAUUAAAGCCCAAGGCAGCAACGUCUCCGAAGCUAUAAAAUGACUGAGAACAAUUUUAGAGGCAGUUUCUUUCUUUCUUUUUU